GCCCCUCCCCUGAGGGCGGGGCCGGGCGGCGCCGGCAGAUGAGGGCGCGGCGGGUGCGGACGGGGCGCCUGUGGGUCCCGCUCGUCCUGCCGUGGAGCCGAGCCCCCGUCCCGCUGCUGCCCUCCCCCGGAUCGUCCCGAGGAGGAGCCCCCCUGCGCGUCCCAUCCCGUCCCGCUGGCCCCGCGCCUGGGAACCGCCAGUAAUAGGCAUAUACAGAACUGUGUUUUAAUGUGCAGAAUAAGCAGAAACCUGUAUGAGAGACAAAGCCUCGAUCCUCUCUGAACGUGUCAUCGCGUUUUAGAGCACCUGUCAUCCCUUCACGCUCGGGCUGCUUCAUGGUCCACACGGCUGCUGUGUAGUAAACUUGUUACCACUGAAGCGCUCAGAAUUUUCCCCGGCUUAAGUAGCCAAAGAUGAGUCGUGGAUUCUCAGAAAACAAUAACUUCCCCUAUGACAACAACCAAAUGGUUUUGGAUAUGAUCCUGUGCUCCCUAGUUGGUGUUCCUCAGCCUAUCAACUGGGACAGUGUGGCAAGGCUGGUUCCAGGAUACACAUCCAAAGAAGAAGGCCCAGUGCAGCCUCCACAAGGAGUUGUUCUUCAGAAUCUGAGAAAGGUCCUGUACAUAACAGUGGAGAAAGCACUGACGAAACCCAGGGGCCCAAUAUGGUGAUCCAUGUGUGUGACGAAGCCAAAAACCUCAAAGAAGAUUUUGUGUGUCCUCGAGACCUUUUGAUUUCAGAGAUGAAAUACUUUGCUGAGUACCUGUCAGUGGAUGCCCAGCGCUGGGAGGAGGUGGACAUCUCCGUGCACUGUGACGUUCACAUCUUUGACUGGCUGAUAAGAUACGUCAAAAGGAACUCUAAGGAGUCUGAGGCUAAUGAAAUGCCCACUUUAGAACCAUCAAAUGUCAUCUCAAUCCUUAUUUCUUCUGAGUUUUUGAAGAUGGAUUCAUUAGUAGAGAAAUGUAUUCAUUAUUGUCACAAAAAUAUGAAUGCUAUUGUAGCCACGCCAUGUAACAUGAACUGUAUCAACGCUAAUCUUGUUACACACAUUGCUGAUCUCUUCAGGCACAAUGAGGUGGAAGAGCUGAAGGACAAAAGAGACAAAUUUAAGAGUAAACUUUUCUGCAAGAAGAUUGAGAGACUGUUUGAUCCGGAGUAUGUAAAUCCAGAUUCUAGAGGAAAUGCAGCAACUUUAUACAGGUGUUGUUUAUGUAAAAAGUUGCUAACCAAAGAAACUGAAAGGAGAAUUCCUUGUGUACCAGGAAAAAUCAACAUAGACCAACAUGGGAAUAUUGUCUAUGUUCAUAUAAGAGACAAAACCUGGGAAGUGCACGAGUAUUUAAUUGGCCUUCACGAGGAACUGAAAUCCUGGCGGGAUGUUUACUGGCGUCUUUGGGGGACGGUCAACUGGUUGACCUGCUCAAGAUGUAACCAGUCUUUCCUGUGCACUGAAUUCUCCCACUGCCAGUACCAUUCGCAGCCAGUUCUUUAUCCAGGUGUAGCAAGCGCUCUGGGCUCGACUGGCACAGGAGUGUAUCCCUGCUGUAACCAAAAAGUUCUUCGGUUUGACCCUACAACCCUCCCAAAGGGCUGCAAAGUGAGGGAUCAUAUGGUGGAGUUACCUCCAGAAAGCAAAGAGGGGGAUGCUUUGCCAUCUCGAAGUGAAGAGGGGGAUGCUUUGCCAUCUCGAAGUGAAGAGGGGGAUGCUCUGCCAUCUCAAACUGCUCAGAUCUUGAAUGAUCUGCUGCAUCAUAGAGAUGUUAUAGUUGUUCCUUUCACUAAGGAUGAGAAUAGUGAUUCUGGUAUUGGGCUUGGUGAUGACAAAGGCCUUGAAUGUGAUGUUCUUGUAGAGCCAAAUACACCGUGGGGCCCCAAAACUGGAGAGAUCAAUGCUUUUUUGUCUCUGAAGAACUGGACUUUGCAGCUGAAGCAGCAAUCCCUGUUAUCCGAAGAGGAGGAGUACACCACGGGCUCAGAGGUCACCGAGGAUGAAGUGGGGGAUGAAGAAGAAGUGUGCAAGAAACCAGCAGGAAGGAAGGAGAAAUUAAAGAAAUCCUACAGGCACCCAAAGAAAGCAGUUUCUUCACCUAGUGUUCAGAAAAGGGAGAAGCCAUCUGAUAAGUCAAGUUCCCGAGAUGCUUCUCCAUUCAUCGUGAGCAUGCAGCAGAACAAAUGGGAUGCCUCCAGGUCCCUGAGAUACAACCAAGAUGCUCAAAGAGAAGACGAUCAGAGAAGAAUGUCUGAGAUCACAGGGCACUUAAUAAAAAUGAGACUGGGAGACCUUGAACGAGUCAAGUCCAAAGACAGCAAAGAAUAUGCAGGAGGCAUUUAUUCUAGACUUGAAGCUCAGAUAAAAGCCUCAGCACAGGUCAGUGCACGACAAAGCAAUGCUGAGAAGAAUCCCAGGUCCAAAACCCGUUUUGGUCAAGGCCGUCCAACAUAAGGAGUGACGGACACGCUUUAGCCAGAACUCAUUUCUGCUUCCUGAAACCCCACUGCACUCUGGCAUACGGACAAUGCACAUCUCUGAAAGCUUUCCAGUGACUUAUUUAUUACUUUAAGCCUUGUAAAUUAUUUUGUGCUAUAAAUGAAUGCAAACCCAAUAAGGUCUGUACUUAUUUUAAUUGUAAAUAUACAAUUUGUUAAAGUUAAAUUUAAUUGCUUUUUUUUAGGCUAUUGCGUUAAGUUGCAUAGAAAAUAUUUUAUAAAUCGACAAAAUUAAAUUAUCAGACUAACUUUAUUUGUGGGGAGAAGAUACAAAUAUGCCUUUUGGUAUGCUAGAAAUACUGAAAAGGAAAAAGCAAGACUACUGAGUUCUGAAUGCAGUCAGCAGCAUUAACCCAAGUCUCCUUGUGUAUUUAUAUUGUCUUAUAUUUGAUGGUACAUUUUAGGUCAGUCUUCUGGGGAUUUGCAUUUAAAGUCCAUGACAAUAGCUGUGGCUUAGACUAGUUUAAGCAAAAUUUUCAUGCGGUUCUGAGGCUUCCUUGUGUACGUCACACAACUCCCACUCCUCUGAAGGUGGGUAGCAGGUAGGGACUAGACCUCCAGAGAUGCUCUCAGUGCCAUGAUGGUGCAGCAUUGCAUCUUGCAUGUGAACCACUUGCUUUUCUUGUAUAUGAAAUCUGUACCCAUCCCCAUUCCUGACCCCUCCUGCACAGGACAGUGCUUUGUUCCCUUCUAAAACCCAAACCUUGUGAUGCAAAGCAGGUCUAUCUCUAACUUGAUGCUAUGCCACUAAAUUUCUAAGCAGAUCUGUUAUUAAUUCUGCAUCUUUCAACAGAGAUGUAUCAUUACAAAGGCUUGUGCAUGUACAUCUUUUGGGUCUAGUUACUCCCUGAAACCUGCCUGAUUAACACUGUUAAGAAGUCAGAUGCACUUUCAAGUUCUGUAUUUGGAGCAAUAGAACACAAAUCCAGGGCUACCAAAAUUAAAUAACUUGCCUAGAAAAUAUGUUGCAUAUUAGUAGAGAAAAUGGCAAUAAAAAUAAUAAUAAUAAUAAUAAUAACAAUGAUGGCUGAAUUCAAGGAAACAUGUUCUGACUUUUUGAAACAGAUAGAGAGCUCAGGGAAAGCUUAUUCCAACUCCUGGCUGUACAAUAAAUUGUGAGUUUGGAAUUAAGUCAGCAAG